ACAUCUAACUGAAAUCACGCUUCCACGUUUGAAUUCAUUUAUGCUUUUUUAUUUAUUUCUUAAUUAUUUUUUUUAAUUUUACAAACAAAAACAAAAAAUGAGAAACGCAACCGUGCCUGUGUCACCAAUCUAUUUUAAUGUAGCAGAGUAUUGUUUAUUUGGAAUUAAUUUAGGUGUGAUAAUUGGUAUUGUUCUUUAUUAUAAUGUUGUGAAUCGAAAAUAUAACACCGUUAGUGGAUUCCUGUUUGGAGGGAAAAAUAUGUCGGUGAUUUCUAUCUCUUUGGCUCUUAUUGCCAGCCACCUUACAAGCAUAACAUUACUAGGAGUGCCUGUGGAGAUUUACUUAAGGGGUACCCAAUACUGGGCUUCGGCACUUUCCCUUAUCAUUGUCACUUUUCUUACAGCUGUUAUAUAUUUACCAGUGUUCCACAAACUACAGUUGUCUUCAAGUUUUGAGUACUUAGAAAUAAGGUUCUCUACACACACUCGGACGAUAGCGGCGGUGUUAUUUGUUGUCAGCAAACUCAUGCUGCUACCCAUCGUGCCUUAUGUGCCACUUAUGGCAUUUCGAUUAGUAACAAACUCUCUAGCCGGUCGUAUUACAGCAGUAAUAUGCGUGGCUUGCGCUACUCUCAGUGCUAUUGGAGGUCUUAGAGCCAUUGUCAGUAUUGGUCUUAUGACGACCUUCUUGGCAAUCGUCGGUACUGGCCUGCCAAGUGGUUUAGCCCUGUUGCCAAUGGGAUUUAAGAAAAUGUGGGAGAUCGCCAGCAAUGGAGGACGACUGGUUUUGUAUGAUCCAGACCCGGAAUUGGCUCACCACACCUCAUUCUUCGCAGUAACUCUGGCUCUUAGCACAAACUGGCUUUGGAAGAUUGCCUUGAGCCAGUCUUCUCUUCAGAAACUUCUUGCUGUGCCCACCAUAAGCCAAGCAAGAAUAUGUCUUACCGUAUCCUGUAUUGGUGUUAUUUUGAUGAAGCUGCUCUCAUGUUUCCUUGGUCUGGCGUUGUAUGCGUGGUUCGCUGGAUGCGAUCCUCUUUUGACUGGGCAGAUUAAGAAACAUGAACAGUUAGUCCCACACUUCCUCAACAAUCUAGCGGCAAUGUUUCCUGGCAUCUGCGGAAUAUUCAUCAUAUCCAUAUUCAGUGCUACCACAGGAUGUAUAGCGUCCAUUAUAAACUCUAUAUCGGGAGUGCUGUUUGAAGAGUUCAUUAGACCUUGGAUGCCGCAGAAUACAAGUGAACUGGCUUGCUGCAAAAUUAUGAAGGCCCUGUGUUUGCUGGUCGGUCUCUACGGCGCAGGCGUAGUGUGGUCGGCGAAAGAGCUGGAUCGUCUGCAGCACGUGGCAUCAGGUGUCACAGGAGUCACGGCUGGCACAUUACUUGGACUUUUUACUUUAGGAAUCGUAUUUUCUAGGGCUAACUGUUCGGGCGCUCUAAGCGGUUGCCUGCUCAGCCUGUUACUCUGCGGUUGGCUGCUCAUAGGGGCUGAGAACGCGAUAGCCACUGGAGCAUUGACCUUCCAGGGCAAACCGCUGUCAACUUCAGGAUGUGGAAAAGCCAAUUACACACUCCUGGCAAACGUUGCCAAGAGUAUUCCCAAUGCCGCAAACCAUCUGCCAACGAAACCACUGCAGUCUCUCUUUCGCAUCUCUUUCACAUACUGUCCAUUCGCGGGGGCUAUAUCUGUCCUCCUCAUAGGAGUCCCCAUGAGCUACUUGACAGGAAAGUCCAGGACCGAGUCAAUGAACCCUGACGUCUUCUGUCCUUUGACACAGAGUAUCCUGCACAAGUCCCAAAUGAGAAGUACUACAGUUUCCUUAGAAGCAAGAGCGCCUGAUACCCAGGAAGUUUACAUGGCUUUGGAUGAAGCAUUGAAACACUUAAAAGAGGUUAUCGAUCGAUAAAUUCGAAUAAAGAAAGUGUUUUCA